AUGGCAGAAAAUUUGAAAAACUUUAUCACAAAUUUUGACCGUUUGGGUGAUGCUACGACAUUAAGACUUCGAUGGAAACGUUGGCUCACUGCUUUUGAACUAAUCGCAGAUAGAAAAGGUUUGAUUUUAGUACCCGAUAAGGACGAUAACAAACGACGUAAAGCUUUGUUACUCCAUCUCGCGCGGUCUAAGGUACAGCAUAUUUUCUCAACGCUACCAGAUACAGGCAUAAAUACUGAGUACGAUAAAGCAGUUACGAUAAAGCAGGCUUUAAAUGAGUAUUUUGCACCAAACGUCAAUACCGCGUAUGCUAGUCAUUCGUUCAGAAAAUUGGCAAAAAAUGCAGGAGAAACAGUAAGACACUUUGUAACAAGAUUGAAGCAGGCUGCAAGAGAUUGUGAUUACGGAACAGAUACUGGCAAUCAAAUCAGAGAUAAAGUACUAUGCAAGUGUACGUCGGCCUAUGUUAGACGUAAACUACUCGAGGAAGAACAAAUAUUAACUUUGACCCGCACUCUGGAAAUCGCAGUGCAGUGCGAGAAAGUGGAGGCACAAAUGGUUGCCUUUUCACAUGAAACAGGUGCGGGAGGCGCAAGAAACCAUGUCAACAUAGUUCACAGUAAACAGUAUGCUUCCGAUAGACGAGACAAUUAAAGUCGGAAGUGGAAAUGAUCCGGGGGGAAACCUGAGGAGAAAACGUGUUGUUGGUGAGGUAAUACAGGAAACUUCGGCAGAGAUCCCAAGUGCCCGGCUCGCGGUAAAGUAUGUCGGAAAUGCAAUGGGAAAGAUCACUUUGCGAAGGUGUGCAAAACCAAGCAAAAAUUAGUUGUAUAAAUGACAUAUAUGACUCAUAUAGCAGAGACCCAUCACCAGUGGGGAAUUAUGCAUUCAUGAAACCACCAACAUCAAAUGUCGCACAAAUGCAAACUCUAGCUGCAAGGAACUUCAUUCGUACGCCACAGACAAACCAUUACCAGUUAAGGGAACAUUCCCGUGUGAAGUGCCAGCUGGUUCGAAGAAAACGCAGGCCGAAUGUAUCAUGAUUAAAGGAAAGGGGGCAUCACUAUUCGGUAAAGAGACAGCGAUUAAACUUGGAGUGUUGGCGGUCGGCAUAGGAGUUGCAGCAGUUGCCAAUACCAACCCAGCCUUAAACCUGACCGAGCAGUACCCCGCAGAAGUAAUUUACGGUAUUGGCAAGUUUAGAAAUAGAGAAACCACAUUGGACAUUGAUCCGCAAGUAAAGCCCGUAGCCCAACUUUACAGGCGAGUGCCAUUUAACUUUUCUAACAAGGUUGAAGAAAAGAUCGAUGAAUUGAUUCAAAAAGAUAUUAUCGAGUCAGUUGAUUGUGCGACACCGUGGCCAAACCCGGUAGUGAUCAUUUCUAAAAAGGACGGUGAUAUUCGCUUGUGCGUUGAUAUGAGACAAGCAAAUCAAGCAAUUAUACGGCGUAGAUAUAUCACUAUCGAUCUGAUGGGACCUCUUCCUUCAGGACAUUCGUUUGGUUGA